AUGAAGCCUUCGCUACUAGUUUUCGCUCCCGAAGGAGACACUGAUAUACUUCUGCGAAAGCCCAAUCCUCGCAGCCACCAGGAAUCGUUGCCUGGAGCCGUGGAUUCGGAUGCCACUGACGAAGAAAUGGACGAGGAUGAAGAGCGAGAUGACCAAAUGGAGAUUCAACAACCUGUUUUAAGUGGGUUCAAGGACGUCACACUUUCGAUUCAGUGUCUUGAUGCUGAAAAACCUGAAACCAUCCAACGAGGACGGGCAGCAUGUCGAACUAUGCUAUCGCGUUUCGUCGGCGCACUUGAUGCUUGCCUCUCCUGUCUUCAAGGCCAUGCUCAAUGGUCCAUUCACAGAGAGCUCUCGUAA